GAGGGGGAGGGGCUCUGCUUUUUUAGCAAUGUCCAACAGCAGCAUUCUGUUGAACUAUCACAAUGGAAUUCCCUUUGAUAUAGAACUAGAUGUGAACUGGAUAGCCCAGAUCCCUGACUAUCCGAUCUCUCCUGGUGACCUCUACAUUGUCACGUAUGCAAAAUCCGGCACAACGUGGACACAGCAGAUUGUUGCACUGAUACAGAGGGGAGGAGAGAAGAACCAGUCUCAUCUCAUGCAAGUUAUACCCUGGCUAGAAAUAAUAGGAAAAGAGGCUGCAUUUGCUCUUUCACCUCCUCGUACUCUAAAAAGUCAUUUACCAUAUGACAUGAUGCCUGGAAGAGAUCCUGCUAAUUCUAUUGGCAAGUACAUAUAUAUUGCACGUAAUCCUAAAGAUGUGGCUGUGUCCUUUUAUUAUCACACGAAGCGUCAUAGCGAGUAUAAUUUUACUGGUGAUUGGGAUUGCUACUUUGAGCUGUUCAUAAAAGGAGAAGUUGAAUUUGGCUUGUGGUUUGAUCAUGUUCUUAGCUGGUGGAGGCAUAAAGAUGCCAAGAAUAUUUUGUUCCUAAAGUAUGAAGAUUUAAAGAAAGAUCUGCCUGGUUCAGUAAAGACUAUAGCACAAUUCAUGGGUUAUAGUCUUGAUGAUGCAACAAUUGAUAAAAUUACUAGACAGAGCACAUUUGAGAGCAUGAAAGAUGACCCACUAGCUACUAUUGACAGUCUACCUUUAAAAUUCCCUGUUGUCAGCAGCUCUACACCUUUUAUACGCAAAGGAGUGAUUGGUGACUGGAAGAAUCACUUUACUGAUGAGCAGUCGGCAAGAUUUGAUGCUGAAUAUACUAAAAGAAUGUCAGGAACUGGUUUAGUUUUUGACUUUGAAUGAUGUUUAUAAAAAUUCUUAUUUGAGCUAGCUAGAUG